AUGCCCCAUGGCGUCAUCGAGCCCCAUCUCGUGCUUCAUCAGCUGCGGUGUAACGGUGUGCUGGAAGGAAUUCGGAUUUGCCGCAUCGGUUUCCCAAACCGCAUCUUCUACGGAGAGUUCAAGCAGAGAUACUGGAUCUUGAACCCGAACGUCCUGCCAAAGGACACUUACGUGGACAGCAUUACAGCAGCAGAGGCGCUCCUGGCAUCACUGGCUAUCGAUCGGAGUCAGUAUCGCUUUGGGCACACCAAGGUGUUCUUCAGAGCUGGUCUGCUCGGUUUACUGGAAGAAAUGAGAGACAAGAGGCUGGCCAAGGUUCUGACUCUGAUGCAAGCCAAAUGUCGGGGCAUGUUAGCACGUUUAGAGUUUGCGAAGUUGGUGAAGAAAAGGGACGCUAUCCAUAUCAUCCAGAGAAACUUACGGGCUUUUCAGAAGUUGAAGAACUGGAGUUGGAUGAUGCUGUUUUACAAAAUCAAGCCUCUGCUGAAGUGUGCAGAGACAGAGAAACAGCUUCAGGAGCUGAAGGAAUCGCUUGAGAAAUCUGAGAGUAUGAGGAAGGAGAUGAAAGAACUGCAUCAGCAGCUUAUGCGUGAGAAAGAUAGCCUUCUGCAGCAACUGCAGACUGAUCAGGAGAACCUGGCUGAUGCUGAGGAGAGGUGCGAUCUGCUGGUCAAGACCAAGCGACAUCUAGAAUCCAAAAUCCAGGAGCUUCUGGAAGGUUUGGAGAGUCAGAUGGAGAUGAGCCAAGAGCUGGCCAACAGAAAGCAGAAAUUGGAGGAGGAAUGUAGGCAGAUGAAGUCCAAUAUUGAAGCCUUGGAGACUACCCUGAGCAAAAUGAGCAAGGAGAAACGUGCCACUGAAAAUAAGGUGACCAACCUAACUGAGGAAACAUCAGAGAUGAACGUGUUGAUUACAAAGUUGAGAAAGGAGAAGAAUGCUCUUCAGGAAGCCCAUCAGAAUAUUCUGGAAGAUCUGCAAAUGGAGGAGGAGAAGGUGAACAGUUUGAGCAAGGCCAAGGCGAAAUUUGAACAGCAAGUGGAAGAUAUGGAAGUAUCCUUGGAGGAGGAGAAGAAGAUCCGUAUGGAAAUUGAUCGAACCAGGAAGAAGCUGGAGCAAGAUCUGAAACAAGCCCUUGUGUCAGUGAUUGACUUGGAAAGUAACAAAGUGCAAAUGGAGGAAAAGCUGAGGAGGUAA